UUACCCAGAACCACAAUGUGGCUAAUGUAAUGUUUGGCCAUAACAGAAAACGGUUACGGAGGGACUCUGCGCACGGUUUUCAUAUUUCUUCUUCAUCCGACGGAGAUGACCAUUCUGCCACCGCCGUCUAGCUCCGGCAUGUUCCACACCGUCGAAUGCGGACCGCCGGUGACAUCUCCGGCGGAGAAGCUAGGGUUCGCUAACCUCACCGGAAUCAAUGUCGCCGCUGGAUCAUCGCGCCGCAGAAGCAGCUUGGUCCUCCACGGUGUGGGAUCGAACUCGUGGAAGCCGAUUAAGGCGAAGGAGGACAACGGUGCUUCUCUGGUCCAUGAAUGCGCAGGGAGCUCGUUCAAACCAAUUCAGGCAAAAAUGGAUUCUGAAUCGUCUUUGGCUGAUGACCGUGCUGCGUUUUCUGGUCAAAGUGUCCACCAGAUGUCAAAUGUUGGGAUGUCGACAAACAUUUUGUGGCAUGACUGUCCAAUUCAGAAACAGGAUAGACAGAAGCUGCUUCAGCAGAAAGGAUGUGUUAUAUGGCUAACUGGCCUCAGCGGUUCAGGGAAAAGUUCUCUUGCAUGCGCUUUGAGUCAAAGCUUGCACUCCAGAGGAAAACUGUCUUAUGUCCUUGAUGGUGACAACAUUCGGCAUGGUCUGAACCGUGAUCUUAGUUUUAAAGCAGAAGAUCGUUCAGAAAACAUACGAAGAAUUGGUGAGGUGGCCAAACUCUUUGCAGAUGCCGGUGUUAUUUGCAUCACUAGUUUAAUAUCCCCUUACCGAAAGGAUAGAGAUGCUUGCAGAGCACUGCUGCCAAAAGGAGAUUUUGUCGAGGUUUUCAUAGACGUGCCGCUACAUGUGUGUGAAGCUAGGGACCCAAAAGGCCUCUACAAGCUCGCUCGAGCUGGAAAGAUCAAAGGUUUCACUGGUAUAGAUGAUCCAUAUGAACCACCGUGUAGCUGUGAGAUAGUGUUACAACAGAAAGGAAGUGAUUGCAAGUCUCCUAAUGAUUUGGCUGAAAUAGUGAUAUCUUACUUGCAGAAGAGUGGAUAUCUGCAGGCCUGACUUUGCUUUAAAGUGGAAUUCUUUGUAGCAUUUAGUCAUAUUGUGUAUUUUUGUGUGAAAUAGUUUUUGGCGCAUGAAAUCUGUUCCUUCCAGCAGCAAGGAAAUCAUCGUUUCCUGCAGGUCUGCUUCAGGACUAAAUAAAUGAGGUGAAGUGCAGAAGGGCUAAGGAGUUGGUGCGGUUGGUAUAGCACAUAGGAAGAAAGGAGACUAUUUGAUUUGUAUCUCUUAGCAAAUAAUUGGUUUUUGUGAAAAUGUAUAGUGCCUGCCAAAUAGUGUCAUAUUCUAUGUAAUAAUGUAAUAUGCAGUAGUAACUUAUAGUCCUAGGACCUUUGACAUUUCUGUGAUAUACCAAAUGCAGGUCCAGUAAGGGAUAUAUAUAUAUCUUCAGUCAAUUAAUGUUGGCUGACUUCAUCAAUGAAACAAUUGUUUGUAUGGAAAGCUACAUAUUUGAAUACUUAUAAAGUUGAGGUGCUAUCAA